GUUUUUCCAAAGGGGUGUGGCUGGUGAUGCAUGUCAUUUCGCGAUCCAAAACACUCGAUGAGAGAUUGCUUUCGUUGUUUUCGAGCAAGCACGACGUGACAACAAAAAGCAAAAUGAGAAACUAUCUUGGAAUAUGCUUAGUCUCCUGUUUUGCUUUAUUUGGAUUGGGCUCUGCCAUCCAAUGUAUCAACUGCAUAGACUAUACAGGGAGCUGCACAAGCACCAAGCACUGUAACCUUGAGGAUGCCUGCCUGACGCUGAAAGAACGAGGGGGAGAUACGUAUCGCCAGUGCAUCAAAUACAGUGACUGCAACCAAGACCAGCUGACCCAGAUGUUCCCAUCUAUCUCCAAGUUCAACUUUCAAUGUUGCACCAGCAACCUAUGCAACGGAGCCACUUCCAUUGGCCCCGGCAAACAUUUGCUAGGCCUGUUUGCCUCGCUGGCAGUGAUGUGGUGGUGUAUGCACUAACCUCACCCCAAACUCACAUUUUCACUGCUCUAAUGCUGAAAUUAGACUCAAACUGAAGCCACUGCUAUAACGGCAGGCAGGAAGAUUUGGGCCACCGGCCCAUGCUGAAAUUCUGCCUUAUUAGUAUUAGCCUGAAUUACUGUUGAAUGCUGCAUUUGUGAUAUUACUGACCAAUUAUCCUUUGCACUAAAUUGCAUUUUAUAGUACUUGUGACAAUAACCAGUGUUUUUUACAAGUGCUUUUGCCAAGAGCUGAAGAAGGGAAGCCUGAUCCGAGCUGGUUUAGGCUUGAGUUUUAGUGGGUAUUGUAUUUACUUUUUUCAGUUACUGAGAUAAUAAAAUGCAUGUAAUUUAAAUUGUCCUUUUUUGAGUCUUAAAAAUAGAUGUUGGUCCUUAAAGGUUCACUGAUGUACAACACAUUUCUGUGACUUGAGUGGACAAAUUCUACAUCGCAUUGAAAAUGCAACUUCUGUAAAAUUCAAAAAAUUUUUGACACAUGGAAUUUGAUCCUUUUGGGAGAUAAAAUUAGCAGACAUUCUUCAGUUAGUUGAAAAAAAACCACUUGUUCUUGUCAAUGUUUUUGUUUACAUUGUACUGAAAACAAAAUAAAAGAAACCCAGAAUCAU